CAUCAAGACUGCGCUGCCAGCUGAUUUUCACUAUUUCAGACUUGAAAUUUAGUUAUUCUGAUCUGGUGAACAAGCUAAUAAGUGUUUCAUGGAUACCAAUGACGAUUUACAUCUCUCUAUCCCAUUGGACCCCCUCAAAGACUCCUUCAGCUGCCCGAUAUGCAUGUGCCUGUUUCACAUGACGACCCUCACGCUGUGUGGACACCGUUACUGCGAAGGAUGCAUUCUAGAGUGGAUUGAUAGGAAGCGCAGAUGCCCAUGUUGCAAUGCCCCCGUGAGGAUCGCGGACCUGAUUCGUGAUACGGGAUUUGACGCUUUGAUCCAGAUAGUCGUACAGCAGAAGAACAAAGCAGAGGAUGCGUAUUUCUCAGACCUCAUCAAAAAGUGUAAAGCACCUGUCUCAGAUAUGGCUGAACCCAUUGCCAGUGACCAACCAACGAGUACAACUCCUGACGAAGCAGAACCGGGAACAUCAAAUGAGGCAGAGAAGAAGCCAGCUAAAAGUGCAGAACUAUCACCCGUGGAAAGGAUACUGCAUAAAUACAUCAGAGUUGGGAUUGUUGAACAUGAGCGCUAUUACCGCAACCUCAAGGGUCAGUUUCAGAAACAUUUUGACCAUGCUGUGGAGCAGAUUGAGAACCUGAAAGACAAAGAUGAUGAAGCAAGUGAAGCAGAAAGAAAGUCAUGGAUACAGAAGAAACGUACACUCUCCUCCGAAUUCCAGAAAUGUACGAAGCUGUUAGCGACCACAUACGACAGAUAUCUAAAGGAACAUCUCCCAACUCUAAGCACUAUUCCUGUCACUGUAUUUUUUAGACUGUUUGGCAAAGAUAUCGUUGUUGGGGAAUUGGUGUUGCAGCCCCAUUCGAGCAUGGCUCAAAUCAAAGAGAUGUUGUUUCUUCGAAUCAGAGAGAGACAGGACAGGGUUGCCGUGUAUAGAGAACCUAAUGUCCAUUACCUUCUUAUCAGGCCAUAUGGUAAAGAGCACAUCGUUGUAGAUGAGGCUCUCAUAUUCACUCUCCUCGCCCAAGAUAACCCCUAUAAUACGGAUCAGAAUGAACUGGUUACCUUGUUACACAGCGAAUCCAUCCCUGUCUUAGAAUAUGGCAUCCAACCAGGAUGUGAUAUCGUCAUCUUUGGAGAGGUCAAACUGAGAAGCGAGCUACCAAGACCGUGUUUCACAGCCUUGUUUGAAGAAGGAGAAGAGAAGAUGGAUUACUUCACUUGCAAGGAUUGUUCAUUUAACUGGGUAUGUCGGUCAUGCCGGGAUCAUUGCCACAAAGAUCACGAGACAACUCCAUACGUUAUGGGACAUCAACCAACAUGGGCCUGUUGCUACUGUCCAAGAAAAAAGAAGUGUUUAUUAAGAGACCCAGGCUUGUGAAAAUCUGAAGGAGUACUGCAGGCAGGUUUUUUUCCAAUUGCCAACUUGUCUACUAUCAUUUGGUCUACCAUCAGUUCGUCCAAUAUCCACAUGGUCUUC